AUGUCGGCGAUGACUGCGCCUCAAACGACUAAGAAGGGUGCAGGACAGCCGCCACAGCCGAAGGGUCCUCAAAUUGCUAUUAACCCCGUAGUAAGGCCCCCAGCGCCUCAAACGGGCAAGGCGGCAACUAAGGCGCCGAAGGGUCAGAAGGUUGGAGUAGUACCGCCAUCGCUCCCACAGCCGAAGGGUCCUCAAGCGGAUAAGAAGGCUGCAGUACCGCCGCCGAAGCCCCAAGCCCCAGCGCCGGCACCCAAGAAAGACGACGACGUAAUUUCCUAG